CCCACCCCCCCAUCAACACCACCUUCCUGGAGCGGCAUGGAAUUUUCCUCCAUCCAGGCUUGUGCGUGUGAUGAAUGUGUGGAUGCAUGAGUUCAGUUCCAGGAUUUCUGGAGGGCACCGAAAGGAAAGAAGGUAUCCAGAGCUUUCUCUGUGUACCUGCCUUCUAUGAGAUAUGUGAAUACUUUGUUGCCGUUUGUACCUAUUUAGGUGACAGUAAGAACAACAAAAAGACAUUUCUUCAAAAUUGAAACUGAUCAGAAUAAGCUGAGGGUUACAAUGUCUCAAGAAUGACUUUCUGGACAUUGAAUAUCAAAAAUUGAGACAGCUGCUAGACUUAACCUUAAAUAAGUGGCAUCCUUCAGCCUAUACCACUUUUGUGUUCCCAGGCUCAGUUUGUAAGCCACACUGAAGAUACAAAAUGCCUAAACGAAAAUGCGUCUUUACUGACAAACUGAAGCAGAAAUAUCCUCAUUUUCGUAAAGGUAGAGAUGACUAUGAAGCAGAAUGCUUGGUCUGCAAAGCUGGCACAUUUGUGUCAGUGGCACAUAAAGGUGCCAGUGACCUGGAGUAUCACAUGUCCUCUGAAAAGCACAAGAAAGCCCUUGGAGGAGACAGUUGGUCUGCAAAGCUGACUGAAUUUUUGGGGACUCCAGGCACGAAAGCCGAGGAUGCUCUUGCUGCAGCAGACAGCACACUACCCUUGCACACCAUCCCAAGUUGCAACAGCUACAAAUCAGCAGGCCGCACCUCUGAGUUGUUCAGAAAAAUAUUUCCUGACGCAGAGAUAGUGCAAAAAUUUUCCAACACCCGGAGCAGGACAGAAGCUCUUGAGAGCUCAGUGCUUGCCCAGCAUGCAGUGAGCAUUGACCUGGAAGAACACGGCAUCCCUUUCUGCGGGGUGGCCAUAGAUGACAGCAGCCAUAGGGCCAUGAAAAUGGUCCCGGUACUCAUCCAGUAUUACGACUACAGGAACGGCGGCUUGAAGACCAAACUCCUGGACCUUCAGGAAACGGCCACUGAGACGGAUGUUUCAGAUUCUCUUGUCAAAGCUCUUAAGAAACACAGAUUGCUUCAGAAGUGCGUGGCGUUCGCGGGGGACAACUGCAACACCAUGUUUGGUGAACUUCGGCAAGACGAAGAGGCGAGGACUGUGUUUGCCCAGCUGAAGAAAUCCCUCCAGAGGGAGACAUUGAUCGGGGUGUACUGCCCUGCCCACAUUUUGCACAACUGCAUCCACCACGGAGCAGACGCCCUCGAGGUGGACGUUGAGAACAUCAUCCUAAAGAUCUACCAGUACUUUCACAUCUACACGGUGCGGACGGAAUCCCUGCAAGAAUACUGCGAGUUUGUGGAGGUGGAGUACAAGCGGCUGCUCUCCCACAGCAAGACUCGAUGGCUGUCCUUGUUCCCCGGCAUCACGAAGUUGCUCCAGAUGCACUCGGCCCUGAAGUCCUUCUUCUUGGGCCAGAGCAACCCGCCCGCCGUGCUCAAGAGCUUCUUUGAGCACGAGUUCAGCGAGCUCUACCUUUGGCACAUGCACUCGCUGAUGAAUGCCUUCCAUUUGCACAUCGAAGAGAUGGAGCGGGAAAAUAACUCCCUCGUGGAGGUGAUGAAGACGCUGGACUCUGUGCACACCAUCCUGCUGGACCGAAGAGCCCAGAACUUCAUGUCCCUGACGGUGAAGGGGAUGCUUGCAGACAAGCGCAAGGAGGGGCUGGAGGAAGGAUGUGACGCCUUCUCCGAUGCGGUGCGUCGCCUCUACAGUCAUUGCAUAGAUUACCUGGAGAUGUGGAUGUCAUCUCUGCAAGAGUUUUCUUGCUUCGCGUGGAUGGCCCUGAGUGACACACCCAGCUGGAGUGACGUGGAAGCAUGUAUCACUUAUUUGAUUGAGAAAGGCGUAGAGAUUGAUGACAUCAGGUGUUUUGACCAGUUCAACAACCUGAAAAAAUUUGUGGAAGCUUCCAGUGAUGAAGAAGAGUUCCAGCAUCUGCUUUCACAUCAAAAGUGGACUAAAUACUUCCUGAAGGCCAAAGCCAUUGAAUGCUAUUCAGAACUGUUAAAAAUUGCGCAGUUCUUCUUCGCAAUUCCCUCCCACAGUGUAAAUAUGGAAUGGAGCGCUUCUUUUCAUUGACACAACGGAAAGGAUAUGCUUGAAUGGCCUUUCAUUUAAUUUUAAAAAUAACCGUUGGAAACAUUUUUGUGCGUGCUUUGUUCUGAAGAGAAAUGCACAUGCACACCACAGGAAAUAACAGGAAAAGGCUAUGUGUCUUUUGGGGCGUACCAUCUAUACACAGAAGAGUUUUAGGGCAGUGGCCCCCAUCCUUUUGGGCACUAGGAACUGGUUUUGUGGAGAAUGGUUUUACCAUGGAACGGAGGGGGCGUGAUUCCACGUGCAGCCUGCCACCCCAUGGAUGGGGCUUCACUUGUUUGCACAGACCAGUUUCUGGCAUGCCGCAGCCCAGUGUAGGUCCAGAGACCAGGGAUUGGGGAUCUCUGCUAUAGAGUGUCAUCUAUAAUUAGAAGUAUCAGUGAUGGUUGUUCUGUUUUUGUCAUUAGUUGUGGCCUUUAACCCCUCGUUACUGAUUCAGAAAUCUUUUCAUUGAACCAGGUUUGGGAUUGA